AUGGCUGGCCCUCGAAGAUCCAAGCGGCUGGAGUCUUGCAGUAAACCUGGCCAAGACAAAGACGCCAAGAUCGCAAGAGUGUCAAAAGAUCAGCAAGAGGCGGUUCCAGGACAGAACACAAAGAUGGGAGAGAGCGCCGUGCAAGGACCUUCGGACUCAGGGGUCGACAGAACUUGGCCGAAAGAUGCAUCGCCGACAGAUGCAGAGAGAGAACUUUGGGGCAAACCAUUGUCAAAAGAAGAAAUGCAGGUGAACUACCCUGCCAUCGCUGAACAAAAUAGGCUGAGGAACGAUGGCCUUGAAGAAUUCCGACGGGCUAUUCAGCGUGAUGCUGGUUUGGGCUACCUACAACACGCUCUUCACGAUGAAUGGGGUCCCUUCAAUGGUCUCAUUGUCGGGUUCACAGAGGAAGCUGGUUUCGGGGAUCUUUCCUGGGAUAGACUUGAUGAGGCUGUUCAGCAAAGGUUCAUCGGAUAUUCGCCCUGUGCCCAACAGCUCUUCGAGACACCUGUUGUGCGCCAGUUUAUGUUCCAACGGUGGAUCUGGGAGAUCAUUGAUGAGUGCUUUUUCACUGGCAAGAGUCAGGAUAUUGAGUGGACAUCGCCGUAUUGGGAAGCUCAAGCUGCAAUGGAACGCUUCUUGCGAGAGAAAAACUUCCGUUACGACGAACAAGACCUGCGUUUCCAGUACCCCAACUGGCGAUUCACCACAAUCAAUUUCUAUUACUCCCUUGGGCUACGCGACAAUGACAAUCGGAUAGGAUAUUUGAUCAAUGAAAUCAGGAUUGAGCCGAGAUGCGUGACCAAGAUCUUGAAGAAAGCGCUUGGCCAAUACUUCCCUGAGAAUCCUAGCCCCUUGUUGGAAAAGGAUAUCUCAACUCUUGUAAAGUUGAUCGCCGAGUUCGAGUUAAUCUUGGACAGUGGUCGCCAUACUCCUCGGCUUGUCUUCCAUGACCCCAAUACCAACAAGGCAUGUGGAUUUCCAUUUUCAGCCAGAGCCGAGGGAUUAGGCACUAAAGUCGUGAUGGAAUCAGUUGGCCUCCAUGACGAAGCCCUAUGCAAUGGUCUACCUGUCGAACUGGUUGUGUCGCCUAUGCUGGUGCUUUAUGGGCAUAAAGAUGGAUGGGAUUACCACGUUCCCCAGGACGAGAUUGAGACGGAGGAGGAUGUAAAGGGGGGCGGAGAAGAGGAGGUGGAGAUCAUCAAGGAUAAAGAGGUCGGCAAGGGGGACGGGGAUGAGAAGAAGAUCGAGGACGAGGAGUAA